AUGCAGACUGCCAGAGAGAGGGGAGCUGAUAUACUGCUUUUUAGUGAGCAGUAUAGGAAGCCAGAAUCCUCUGUCUGGUUUGAGGAUGCAUCCAAGAGAUCAGGUAUCCAAAUAUGUAACCCGGACAUCACCAUUGGUGACUUUCUGGAGACCGACGCGGGUUUCGUUUGGGUGGAGGUGGCGGGGGUACGCGUUUACAGCUGCUACUUCUCUCCAAACGAUCCCCUUAAAAAGUUCGACGCCGAGGUUCAGGCUCUUGAAAAAAGCAUCAGAGCUUUCGGCGGGGAUGUCCUCAUUGCGGGAGACUUUAAUAGUAAGUCGCCGGAAUGGGGAGAGACUCGUCUAGACAGGAGGGGAACCUUGGUUUCGGACAUGGUCGCAGCAAACGAUUUAGUGGUGGUGAACCGGGGACAAGAGUUCACGUUCAAGCGCGGGGUGUCAGGGUCUAUCAUCGAUUUGACAAUUGCGUCGCCCCGCGUGGCCCGUAGAAUAGUGCGGUGGGGAGUGCUGGACGAAACAACUAUGAGUGACCACCAGUAA